AUGCGCUACAUCCUAUGUUUUCUACUGUAUGUGCUGCUGGGCCUUUUCCACGAAAGAAACGGCGUGGCUCUAGCAGCAGUGCUGGACCAAAAGGAGGUAUCUGGCAACAGACGGCUACGUGUCCAUCCGAGGGCUGAUGCCGGUGAGGAUUACGUUGACAAAGCUCAACUUCUGGAAGGUGACACGGUCGACGACAGAGAAAGAAUGUUUAAUGGUCUAACGUUGAAAGAUAUAGGCCAACACUUCGUGAGAGUGCCAAGGGAAUAUUUAGAUGAUCGAAAGGUAAAUAAGCUGGUGAGAUUCGCUCUUUCACAGGAUAAUGUGCUUGCGCACAACAUAGCACUCCAUGAAAAACUUUACCAAAGCAAAUUAAAACUUGCAGUAUUAAAAAGGAAGUUAAAGCUUCCAAAAGACCUUGAUAAUAUUGAGGGAGAUGAGCAGCAGAAAGAAGUAGCGCUAUAUCACGCAUAUGCCUAUUUUCUACAGCAAAAAGGGGAGCAAAUAUAG